AUGGCUUCGAACACGCCCAAGACGCCGUCUUCUGGCACCUCGCCUGGGAGCCUUCAUCGGCCUGCUAACCCCGCAACUACCGGGCGGCAAGCAGGCCACGCAACAAUUCCCCACGACCGACCCGUGGCCCUCAUGACUUCGGGCGCUCCUCUGCUAAAUCCACGUAGCUGCGUUACUUGUCGGAGGCGCAGAGUCCGAUGUGACAAGACGAUGCCCUGUAGCAACUGUCGGCGGGCUCAAUGCGAUUGUAUCUACCCUGCUCCGGGCCGCGCACCACGUCAGACGCGGCUUGCGCCUACAGGUCCUGCUACUGGGCAGAGUGAGCGUGAGAUUGAUCUCUUGGAUCGAUUACGGAAGCUCGAGGGACUGGUUCAUGAGAUGAGUGGUCAAGGUACAGCUAGUGAGAAUGGCAUGGAAGCGAGCAAUGGAGAAUCACCACUAGCUUCAGAAAAGAGCAAGAGUGCAAAAGAUGUCGUUCAAGCAGCCACUGAGAAGGUCAAGAGGGAGUCUGAGAGUACCGAUUUCUCAAAGGUCAACAAACAGCUCGGCCGUUUAGUGCUCCACGAUGGAGACUCGACGCCGCGAUACGUCAAUAGUGGCUUCUUCGUGAAGCUCAACGAUGAGCUCGCUGAGAUUCGCAACGAGAUGGAGACUAUGAACGAGGUAGAAGCUGAGUUUGGAGACGAUACGACUCCUGAGCAGUCCCCUCCACAGAACUUGGGUAUUGAACAUGACCACCACAGCUUCCUUUUUGGCUACAGCUCUGCCGAUGUGGAUCUUACAGGCCUUCAUCCGUUGCCCGCGCAAGGCUCUUUCCUUUGGCAGAUCUAUCUCGAGAAUGUUGAACCUCUUGUCAAGGUGUUGCACAUCCCCACCAUGAGUAGACUCAUGACUCAAGUGAGGCGCGGAGAGCAUGAUCUGCGUCCUGGAGAUGAAGCGCUUGUGUUUGCCAUCUAUUACUCAGCUGUGACUUCGAUGGAGACACAAGAGGUCGAAGCAAAUUUCGGCGCGUCUCAAUCUCACUUCAUUUCUCAAUUUCGUUUCGCUCUUGAACAAGCCCUAGCCAAGUCUAAUCUUCUCAACACCACCAACAUGGCUAUGCUGCAAGCAUUUGUUAUCUAUCUCACCGUAGUCAAAUGUCACGAUGAUAGCAAAUUCGCUUGGACGCUUACCAGUCUCUGUGUCCGAAUGGCUCAAGCUCUUGGUCUCUACCGCGACGGUCAGCAGCUUGGCCUCUCACCGUUUGAGGUUGAGAUGCGCCGUCGUCUUUGGUGGGCCAUUGUUUCUCUUGACGUCCGUUCUGCUGAGGAAAUGGGGUCUGAUCUGAUCAUAGGUGACAAGACCUUUGACACUCAACUCCCGUCAAACAUAAAUGACGCCGAUAUUGACCCAUCGUUUACCGAGAUACCAACUCCUCGUCAAGGCCGCACUGACUCCGCCAUUUGCCUCUCGCGUUACGAGAUCACGGCCCUGUCUCGAGGCCUGUUCGCGGCCAUAGCGCAAAUGCGUCCUGUUGAUCUAGAAGAGGUCGAAAAAAGCCUCGAAGAGCGCGAGCGCAUGCUCGUUGAAGUCUACGAACGCAUGGAGGAUAAGUUCCUGAAACAUCUCAUGAGGGAAGAUGAUCCCAUUUUCUGGGUUGCUUCUCUAAUCUCUAGAAUCAUGAUGGCAAAGGUUGGCCUCAUCAUAUAUCAGCCCGUGCUCUUCCCCGGGACGGGCCCGGAGGUAUCAUACGAGAUCCGAAGCCGGUUGUGGCAGUCUUGUAUUGAGAUCGUUGAGUACAGCCACAUUCUCAAUAUUGACCCGAACUGCAGGCAAUGGCGUUGGCUGUUCAAAUCCUACCGUCAAUGGCACGCAAUCGCGUGCAUGCUGCUGGAACUCUCGAAACGCCCUUGGGGUGUCACCUCGGAGCGAGCAUGGGAAGCUGCCCAAAUUCUCGACUAUGAUCAUCCAAUCGAUGGCAGCAACAACACAAAUCACACGGCUGCAUGGAUGCCUAUUAAAAGACUAUUUACAAAGGCUAAAAGACAUCGUGAAUCGGAACUUGUUCGGUUACGCGCUGAUCCCGAGGCAGCGAGACGUCUCGAUCGUGAGGAGAGAAUCAAACCUGUACUGGAACGUAUUGGUCCUGCACCCGGAAUGGAGACCCGCAUGUCAGAACUCCGAACCCGGUGGCGAAAGAUAUUUCGGCCGGGAGACUUCUCCGAUGAUACCGAGUACCAGAGCAUUUUGCCCAGCGCAGAUCAACCUGCGUCCCUUUCACAAACCCAGCAACGGACCCAACAACCACUCGACCAAGUGAGUGUUUUUGACCCCAACACCUGGCAAAACAUUCAGUCUAGCAAUCCAAAUCUUGCUAUAUACUACGAAGGAGUCGAUUCUGGAGCACAGAACAUGGGUGGUCUUUUCCCAGGAGAUAGUAGCCUUGGAAGUCUCUCAAGCAUUGCAUCGCCCGCCGUAUCAGGGACUGCAUCUACACGUAGAAACGACAAUGAUCCUCAAGCACAUGGAGGUGCUCGCCUAUCACCGUGGCUAGGCUCAGGCAUGUUUCAGCACAUGCAUGAUCCAGGUGCUCUCGGUGAUAUCGAUGAGCUUUUCCAAAACAGAGCUGGGUCCAAUCCUGGUCUCGACCUCAACAUGGAUCCCGGCGAAGUUGAUGACAUCGAUUGGCGGGACUGGGAUGAGACUUUGAGGAGUUUGAGUAGGCCUGCGAUGGAUCAAAUGGGUGCCGGUGCCGGAAGUUGGGGUGGCAUUUUCUUUAAAGUCUUUGAAAACCUAAGAUCUAUGCAAAGCCCACAAAGCUUCUUUGCACAUUUUAAAAUUAUCACCAUUGAGUGCUCUUCCUUUGGUGUUGGCCAACUUCGAUCAAACUUCGAUGACGAUGCACUUCCGAGAGGAAACCACAUCUUUGAUCUCAACAUGAGUUUCAUCAAAAUGAAGGGCUCCAAGCUAUGCUUGAAGAGCUACGAUAACAACGGCGUUGUCAAUAAUGUCUUCUUCGUACAAAAGGAUGUGCCAUGUCCAAACCUGCUGGGAAAGCUGCAAGGUCUUGGGGCCGUUGAGGCGGUAACCCCCGACAUGGUCGAGGUGCAAAUCUCUAGAAAGCAGCUCAACCCGAAGUCGAACGGUGAUGCCAAGAAACAGGAGUCUGGUGAUUCUACCACCAAGUUCAAGCCGCUGGCUUGGAUUCAGCGCAGUGAAUGGCACCGAACUCGUGCCGUCAUAUUUUCGAGCUGGAUGCUGCUCCUUCAGUUUGGCUUCGCCCGCGAUGCCUGCACACUUGCAAGUGUUCUGACUUACCAAGCAUAUUUGGCGGAUUUGGAAUGGACAGAGUCCUACAUCUUGAGCUCCAUCUUUGCCGCCAUCCGCAUUAUACUUUUCACACUCGGUACCUUUGGCAGCCUAUACCCGCUGUACCAUACCGUGAAGGCGCAAAUGCAAUACAUACGUGGUCUCUUAACCCUUGAACUUUCACCCGAGCAGGAAACUAAGGAUGAGAGAUUGGUGCCUCAAGAACUCCCAGCCUCUACUCCUCCAGCCUCUGCUCCUCCAGCCUCUGCCCUUCGCCAAACUUCUCCUUACGCGGAGACGACCCGGGAGAGUCCCCAUGAACGUGAGAAGCGUGCCACGGAGACUGAUCCUGAAAGACAUGCCCCAACUCUUGCUUUUCUUCGCCUCCCUCCCAGAAGCAAUCACGCCCAGUCAAUGACAACUGCUCAACCGCCCGCCUCUAAAGCUAGUCAGCAUGGUCCUCAAACACCUGCCCCUCACCCUUCACGAAAUCCCUCGGUAGGAAACGCGCCGCCGUCCCAUACAGAUUCCACCACGAACAGCGCAAACGACGCUAGCCGCCAAGCAGCUCUCGAGGCUGCAAUUAGGCGGCUAACUGCUCUCGCUGUGUCUCAUCAACGCCGACGAGCCUUCAACAGCGAAUCUGCUUCCAGCUCCACAGGAAGGGCGCCAGUAGGACAAGCAUUAGAGGAAGAUGCGACAAAGUCCUCGGAUUCUCCAGCUCAACCUGAAGGCUGGGAAUACGUCCACCACGAAGAAGGGAAGUCAAUUUCCUAG